AUGGGUGCACUAGCAGACAGCCACCAUCCUUGGGCAUUCACGUUUGGUAUCCUAGGAAAUGUAAUCUCGUUCAUGGUUUACCUAGCCCCAGUGCCCACAUUUUAUGGAAUUUACAAGAAAAAAUCAACUCAAGGUUUCCAAUCGGUGCCAUAUCUGGUAGCAUUGUUCAGUGGGAUGCUUUGGUUCUACUAUGCGUUGCUGAAAAAGAAUGCUAUGCUUCUCAUCACCAUUAACUCCUUCGGAACUGUAAUAGAAACUAUCUACAUCGUCAUGUUCAUUUUUUAUGCACCAAAGGAUGCCAGGAAAUUCACCCUGAAACUAUUUGGUUUUAUGAACGUGGGGCUCUUCUGCUCGAUCCUUGUCCUUUCACACUUUGCUGUGAGAAGUGAAUACCGGGUCCCAGUUCUUGGCUGGAUCAAUGUCGCCAUUUCUGUCAUUGUUUUUGCUGCCCCCUUAAGUAUUGUGGCACAGGUCAUCCGAACAAGGAGUGUGGAAUUCAUGCCAUUUAGCUUAUCAUUUUUCCUUACAUUGAGUGCCGUAAUGUGGUUUUCCUAUGGUCUUUUCCUCAAGGACAUUUGUAUUGCAAUUCCAAACGUGUUGGGUUUUAUUCUGGGGUUACUUCAGAUGCUGCUCUAUGCCAUCUACAGAAACCGCAAACAGGUGAUCAUAGAAGAUGAUGAGAAAAAGAUACCAGCUGCUGCUGCUGCUGAUCAGCACGUGAAAAACGUUGUCGGUUUAACCACAUUAGCAACUUCCGAGGUUCAUCCGCUGGAUCCUCCUCCGCAUGACCACGACAAGAGCGUGGAGGUGGAUUCAGGCUCUCACACUGCUGCAGCAUCGUGUGCAUAA